CCGCCGCGCCCUCUGCAGGCCGUUCUGCGUCAUAACACCCAUCAGGCCAGGCUCUGUCGUCACUUCCUGAUUUCCCCGUGAAGCAGUAUGGGGCUUGUAGUUCCUCCGGAAAUCCGGAGCGAGUGACAGGAAAGGAAGAGAAGGGAGAGUCAAACAUGAUCCGCUUCAUCCUGAUCCAGAACCGCGCCGGCAAGACCCGUCUGGCCAAAUGGUACAUGCAGUUUGACGAUGACGAGAAGCAGAAGCUUAUAGAGGAGGUUCACGCCGUGGUGACUGUCCGAGACGCCAAGCACACCAACUUUGUGGAGUUCAGGAAUUUUAAGAUCAUCUACCGCCGCUACGCCGGUCUCUACUUCUGCAUCUGUGUGGAUGUGACGGACAACAACCUGGCGUACCUGGAAGCCAUCCAUAACUUUGUAGAGGUGCUGAAUGAAUACUUCCACAACGUAUGUGAGUUGGAUCUAGUCUUCAACUUCUAUAAGGUGUACACGGUGGUGGAUGAGAUGUUCCUAGCCGGAGAGAUUCGGGAAACGAGCCAAACCAAGGUUCUCAAGCAGCUGCUGAUGCUGCAGUCCCUGGAGUGACCUGUGACCUCCUGUAUAUACCUUCCUGUCAUGUGACAACAUUCCGACCUGUGUGUGCGCGCGCUCAGGCGCUGUGUUCUCCCCACUCUCCUGUCCGCUCAUCUUGGACAGAUAGAAGUUUCUUAUUUUUUUUUUUUUUUUGUACACUCUAAAUGUGAAAAAAAAUAAAAUGUUCCAAG